AUGGCGUCUUCGGGUCUGGGAAUGCUACUUGAAAUCGAGAGCUCUGCUCCUCGGAUAUUAAGUCCACCGCCUACUCUGCGAAAAGAUGAUCGGCAGGGUGUUACACAACGCUUGUCGGAUUUCGAACUCGAUGAGUUCAAGUCAUUCAAGUCACCAGCUCAAAUUCCCACAGAGCAAGGCAUACAGCCCUCGGUCAACCCUCCAUCACCCACACCCAGUGCCCUGGAGGGUCAAGCACCUACACCUGCCACAGAAGGUAGGCCGAUGGGAUGGGAUGCAGACCGAACAACGGUAUCCUGGAAAGUCAAAUGGCGGGUGCUGAGCACCUGUCUGAUGCAGUUUGGUAAUGGCAUGAACGACAGUGCCCCCGGUGCUCUGAUUCCUUAUAUGGAAGAGCAUUAUCACAUUGGCUACGCUGUCGUCUCAUUGAUUUUUGUAACCAAUGCGCUUGGCUUCUUAUCAGUUGCCCCCAUCGCCCACUCCAUUGAGCAGAAGCUUGGUCGAUCAAAGAGCUAUGGUCUAGCUAUCACCAGCUUGGCUGUAGCAUAUGUCAUCAUCAUCUGUCAGCCGCCAUUUCCAGUCGUUGUGGUAUCAUUUUUUCUGCUUGGGUUUGGCCUGGCUCUCAAUCUGGCCCUGAGUAAUGUGUACUGCGCCAACCUUCCGAAUGCCACCACGGCCCUGGGGUGCAUGCAUGGUUCGUACGGGAUUGGGGGAACAGUGGCCCCUCUUUUCGCGACCGCUAUGGCCUCUCAUGGUAUUCGAUGGUCGUUCUUUUACAUCCUCACGCUGGGUGUCUGUCUUGGUAAUAUUGGGUUUUCAUGGUGGGCGUUCUCCAACUUCGAAAAGGAGGAGACCGCUGAAGCCCAAAGAGUGACCCGAUCGGCUGGUCAUACAGCGGUGAACGAUGUCGAGGGUCCAACGCGCACACAGAUUCUGAAGCAAUCGCUUAAGAACCGUACCACGCUGUUGGGUGCGCUGUUCAUCUUUGCCUACCAAGGCGCUGAGGUUUCUGUGUCUGGCUGGGUCGUCUCCUUCCUGAUCAGCUACCGCCACGGCGACCCGUCGCGGGUGGGCUAUGUCAGCGCAGGCUUUUGGGGUGGAAUUACUGUUGGUCGCUUCCUCCUCACUCGUCCGGCGUUCAAAGUGGGUGAGAAGAUCGCUGUGCUCUUCAUGAUGGCUGGAGCUGUUGCUUUUCAGCUGCUGACUUGGCUGGUCCCCAACGUCAUCGGUGAGGCUGUCAUGGUGGCCAUCUUAGGUGUCUUACUGGGUGCUGUGUAUCCCUGCUCGGCAUCAGUAUUCACCAAGCUCUUGCCACGGCACUUGCAUAUUUCGAGCCUAAGUUUUAUCAGUGCCCUGGGGAGCAGUGGUGGUGCGGUGUCGCCGUUCUUCACAGGUCUUCUGGCACAGAAUGUGGGGACUUUUGUACUACACCCGAUCUGUCUCGGAUUAUACGGUGUGAUGGCCGCGAGCUGGCUUAUGCUGCCCAAGAUCUCGAAACGAUCGGAGUAA